AAUUCGAGAGAGUCAGCUGGCUGCAACGGAACAGUGAAGCCGAGGAGCUAGUCUUAUCCGCCCUCCGUUUCGUAGAAAUAAAGAAACGAUGAAAACAAAACAAUCGAAUCAAAAUAAAUAAAUAAAAGAAAAAAAAAGGAGCACAGAACAACUCACAAGAAGAAGAAGAAGAAGAAGCAGCAGCAGCAGCAGCCAUCCAGCGGAAGGCGGAGGAUUCAAAUCAAGCAAGUUUCGGAGAUGGGACGGCCGAAGUGCGCCUGCUUCAGGAUCCUCCCUUGCACCGGCGCCGGCGGCAGUGCGGUUGUCGACGACGGCGACGACGUCGAAGAGAGCAACUCCCUUUCGGAUAAAUGCUGGUGCACGUUCUGGAGGAGAUCAGCCAAGCGUCGAGUUUCUCGGAGCUCUGUGAUCUCGGAACCUGUUUCUGUCAGCCCUAACAAGGAAAAGCCGGAUCUCGCAACCGACAGUGCUUGCUCCCGACAUUACUGUUCUGUUCCGGAAAAACUUGCCGAAGAAAUGAAACCCACUGAUGAAACCGUAUUACCCGCCCCAGCUGAAUUCGAAUCUGAAGAAACUAAAUUGGUGAUGACUGAUGCGAGUGGCACACCCAGUGAUCAAAACAACCAUGAUCUUGCCGCGGCUGUUCUUCAGGCAGGCAUCAGGAGAUACUUGGCCAGGAGAGAACUAAAGAAACUUAAAAGUGUUGUGAUGAUUCAAGCUGUUGCGCGUGGAUACCUGGCGAGGAGAGUGGCGGUUGGAACAUUGCUUUGCACCCUUGGAAUAAUAAGAAUGCAACAGCUUGUGCGGGCUCACCAAGCUCACCAAUCAGUUGAAAAGUUAUCUGCAGAAGAGGAUAAGGUGGAACGAAGUUCUUGUAAGGAACCAAGUAGAGCAUAUUCUCGAACAGAAAUAUUUCAUUCAAAUGGAUUCGUGCGUAAGAUUACGGAGGCUGUGCCAAGGACCAAAACUGUUCACGUAAAAUGUGAUCCUUCGAUACGAGAUUCGGCAUGGGAAUGGUUGGAGAGGUGGACCGCCGUAGCUAUAUCAAAUUUAGGAAAGCAGCAGGAGAAAGAUGUUAAUCACCAUUCUGUUGGUCAGGAUGCUAGCGCUGAAUUGGCUGAUAAUAAAGCUGUAGAUUCGGUUCCAUGUGGAGUAGUUGCUAUGUCAUGGGAUUCAAAGAUAGCUGCAAGUGAGCUAGCUGUGCCAAUUGACAGUGAAGGAUUAGUUACAAAUAGAAGUUGUGAAGCGGCAGAUGUUCAAGCCUCAGAAUAUGCUCCUGAUAAUUCUUCAGUGAAGGAUAACCUGGAAAUACAAUCAUCCAUGGCUGAGGCUUCUACUAUCAUAGAGAAUAAUCACAUGAACACUGAAACAAUUACUGUGGAUUCCUCCUCAGAUUUUGCAAAUGCAACAACAGAACCAAUUCGUGAUACUUUCUAUACUGACCCUGAACCUUGUAAUGAUAACCUAAAGGACGGCACGGAUAUGGGUGCAGAUUCUGAACCGCUGGGAGAUAAUUUAAAUGUCAGCGAGCCCAGUUAUUCCGAAUCCCAAGAUAAUGUGAGCAAGGCAGAAGAGCUCAUUGUUCACUUGGAAAUGGAUGCUUCGACAAAGAGUAGCGAAAUAACCUAUUCAGAGAGCAUAGUGCAUCGUGAUCCAAGAGCUCAAUUUGUUUCUUCUGAAGACACAGCAGACAAUUCAACGGACAAUUUAUUCUCUUCAAAACUCUCCUUGGCUGACAGAUCUGAAACUGAUGAUGGGGAAGUGGCCCUUGAAAUCAAAGAUUUUGAGAAAGGAGAUGAAGAAAUAAAUGAUGAAGCCGAGAAGGAAACUAAUCAAGAAAGUAAGCAUACUGGAACGACGGACUCUUCCUAUGACUUUGAAGAUGAUCAGCUGCAACGAUUGGAGGAAGGUCAUGGAGAUUCAGCCAAUUUAACUACUGCUGCUGGUGAAUUACAGAUUGACCAACAAUCAACUGAGGCAACUCCAUUAAAAUUGCUGCCCCAGGUGGGUACUUCGACAGACCCAGAAGUUCAGUCAUCACCCAAAGGAACUCCCAUAAGCCAUACUACAGUUGCCGAGUCACAAGGAACACCUUCAAGUGACAUCUCUGUAAAUUCCAAGACAGGCAAGAAAGAUAAGACUACACAUACUCAAAGGCAAAGAACUCAUACAUUAAUCAAGAGGGCACUUUCUAGUCCAAAGAAUGAUUCAGGCAGAACUAGUACUACGGAGAAUUUGCCCAAAACUUCAAAGAAUACGAAGAGAAUUAGUUCACCUGGGAUGGAAAAGCGUGAUCAUGGUGAUCAUGAGCCUAGGGUUAGCGACAGCGCUUCGCUUCCUGGUUAUAUGAAAGCCACGGAAUCAGCAAGAGCCAAAGUCCAUGCAAGUUUUUCUCCUAAAUCAAGUCCGGAUGUGCAUGAUGACAAAAUCAGCAAAAGAGAUUCAUUACCUGCUGGAGAUGGGAAGCAGGGAUCAUCCCCACAUAUUGAGAGGUCGAAAUCUCCAGCACAGAAGAACUCGAAAAGCACUAGCACUACUCAAGCUUCUUCUGAGAGAAGAUGGCAAAUAUAAUCAAAGCUGUAAAGAAGCACGAGAUCAGAAAAUAUUUGACGUUAUUGACAGAUGACUUGUAUAACAUUUCUUAUGGUUUUUUUACUCUGAGAAUUAUUGGGCAAGGAUUUGCAAGAAGAGGAGCUUCUACGUGUGAUUAGUAUACGUUGUAAAUUACCGGUAUUUGAACUGAUGUGUGAUAUGUCUUAUUUGUUGUGAUAUAUUUGUAGGGUUUUGAGACGAGUGGUUUUUCAGAAUACAAUAUGUUUGAGUUGUUGCAUGUGUUAUUUGUGUGACACCUUUGUGUUGUGUUUAAAAUGGAAUAGAUUUGAUUUAUAUAUAAUGUUUUUAACUUUUUCAGAA